GUUCAUCCAUCCAGUAUAAUCCAACUUCGAUCGCCGUACGUCUUCAUUAAUUGCCAUUGUUGACAGAUCGCCAUGGCUGCAGGGAUGAUGGGCCGCGCCAUGCUCGCGCCUCUGCUGGUGCUCAACCUCAUCAUGUACAUCGUCGUCGUGGGCUUCGCCAGCUGGAACCUGAACCACUUCAUCAACGGCCAGACCAACUACCCCGGCGUGGCCGGCAACGGCGCCACCUUCUACUUCCUGGUGUUCGCCAUCCUCGCCGGCGUGGUGGGCGCCGCCUCCAAGCUGGCCGGCAUCCACCACGUGCGCUCCUGGCGCGGGGACACACUGGGCACCAGCGCCGCCUCGGCCCUCAUCGCCUGGGCCAUCACGGCGCUCGCCUUCGGGCUCGCCUGCAAGGAGAUCCACAUCGGGGGACACCGCGGAUGGAGGCUGCGGGUGCUGGAGGCCUUCGUCAUCAUCCUCGCAUUCACGCAGCUGCUCUACGUGCUCAUGCUCCACGCGGGGCUCUUCGGCAACCACUUCGUCCCGGCGGCGCACGGUGGCGGAGGAUACCCGGCGGACUAUGCAGCAGGCGCGGCCGGCGACAAGCCCACGGCCAGGGUCUGACUGUCUGAGCGACCAAAUGAUGAUGACGGAGGAUAUGCAUGAUAUAUAUAUGAUGCAUGAUGAUGCACCGUGUACUACUGAUCAUAAAUAACAUGCAUUAUAUAUAGAUAGUACUAUGUAUAAUGGAUGUAUCUUCUUUACUUUACUUUACUUUUUUUAGUAGCAAGGCAGCUAGCUUCAUUAUCACGUAUAUAUGUUGCAUACGUUC